AUGGAGGCGGCGGCGGAGCCCUCGGAGCCGACGGCGGCGCAGCGGCGGCACGCCGCGCAGGGCGCGGCGGCGGCGGCGCCUGCGUGCGCGCCGGCGGCCCGGGAGCUGCCGCUACGGCCGCCCGCGGCGCUGCAGCCGGCGGGGCCCGCGGCGGAGGCGGGGCCCCCGCCGCCCGCGGGGUCGCCUGGCAGGGGCCCUCAGCCCGCGCCGUGGGCGGAGCCGCCCUGGGGGCCCUGGGCGCCCGACGGCGCGGAGGACGUGGUGGGCAUCUCGGGCUGCAGGUGGUGCCAGAAGGGCGAGUGCUGGGCGCACGGGCAGGUCGGCCGCCCAGGGGUCCGCGGGCCGCACUUCAGGCCGAGGGCCAGGGGCCCGGGGGAGCGCUGCAGCCACGGCGCUCUCUCCAUCCCGGGCGUCGGCUGCACACAGGCGUGCCCGGACGAGGAGGCGAUGUCGCUGCUCUCGCGCAAGCUGGCGGCCAUCCUGCGGCACAAGGCCCCCGAGUGGGGCGUCGAGCUGCAGGGCCGCGAGGGCUGGAGCCGCGUGUCCGACCUGCUGCGCCUGAGGACCUGGGAGGCCUACGCCGAGUCCGAUGUGGCCUGGGCGGCCCACGCCAGCCUCUCCCACGGCAAGCCCCGCUUCGAGCUCCGGAGCUGGCGCAGCGAGUUCUGGGUGCGGGCCUUGGGCAAGCACACGCUGCCGCCGCCCUCGCAGCAGGCGCCCUGGGAGGUGGACGCCGCGCUCGAGGCCGUGGAGCAGCCGGCGCAGCAGGCGCAGCAGGCGGCCGCGGCCGGCGGCGCCCCCGACGAGGCUGCAGGGGUGGCCGCGGAGGCACGGCCUCCGCCCGACGAGCCGUGGCCGUGCUGGGAGGAGGUGGCGCGGGCAGAGGCGGAGGCCGCGAGCGGCUCUCCGCCCGCAGCCGCGGCGGGGCCAGCUGCCCACGGCGUCCGGGAGCACCUCGCCUCCGUGAUCUUGCGCUUGCCCUGCCUGGACUGCGGCGAGGAGGUCGAGUGCCUCUACUGCAUCUCCGAGGCCUGCGCCCGCUUCCGCGAGCAGAACAAGGACGCGGCGCCGCUGCAAGGGAUGCAGGCCAACCAGGUGCUCGUGCUCCGGCCGACAGAGCAAGGCGAGGUCAAGGCGGACUGGUGCCUCGAGGGCGGCGGCGCCAGUGGCAGCAGCGGGGCAGGUGCCGGCGCCGGAGCCGACGACGGGGCUGCUCACUGGCGUGCCGCUUGCCACACGGCGUCGAUACGGCGGCGGUGGGACGAGUUCGAGGCGCUCGGUGGCCGGGCCUCGAAUCCACAAGGCAGUCAAGCAGGCCUGACCGUCCCCCAGGCGUUCGAGGCCCUGGGGCUGACGGAAGGUGCCACCGCAGCGGAGCUCGCCGCGUCCUUCCGGCGGCUGUCGCGCGAGCACCACCCCGACAAGGUGGGUUCAUCUGGCGCGUUUAAUGCGCUGACGGCUGCUCACGAGGUUGCGAAGCGCUUCGUUGUUGAGGCGGAGAGGCGGAGGGCUGCGCCCACAGCCUGGCGCGCCCACUGA